UGGUUGUGACGAUGGGGAGCCGGAGAGAAAGAUGGAGAGGUGAAGAGGGAUGAGGGGAGGGAGGACGGACGGCGUGGAGGGCGGUGGGCGGUCCGGCCGGACCAGAAUAAGGGAAGCCGGUACCCGCCGCAGUUCCAACCUUUCGAGAGGCGGUUGAAGGAGUACCGGCGGCCGUCAUCCCUUGCGCGUCCCUUGUGAGGCUCCUGCCCUCGGCUCUCUGUUGGGAUCUUCCGGCUGUCGGUCGGGUCCCCACAGACACUUCUUGUCUGUCCGCACCGACGCUUGGCGAGCACGGGCAUCGGGCUCGCCGGGCUCCGGAGGAGUAGGCUGGUGUUUGAACUCUCAUCGCAGCUCGUGCUGUCCCACUUCUUCCCUUGCGGUGUCAUUUGGUGGUGUACGUAUGCAUCCGUGUAUUUUUGUAGGGGAGAAAAACAAGACAAGCAAACAAAAAACAAACAAAACAAAAAAUCCGAGACGCCGUAACUGGCUCCGAACUUCUUGUGGUUGUACGAUUUUUCUCCUCCUAGAUUUAAAUAAGUCUUCCCCAACUCCGAAUGGGAUUCCAUCUUCAGACACAGCCAGCGAUGCCAUGGACCCCUUCCAUGCUUGCAGUAUUCUUAAGCAACUCAAAACAAUGUACGAUGAAGGACAGUUGACAGACAUUGUAGUGGAAGUGGAUCACGGGAAAACAUUUUCCUGUCAUAGAAACGUUCUUGCUGCAAUCAGCCCUUACUUCAGAUCCAUGUUCACUAGUGGCCUUACAGAAAGUUCUCAGAAAGAAGUUCGAAUAGUUGGUGUUGAAGCUGAAUCAAUGGAUUUAGUGUUGAAGUAUGCCUAUACCUCCAGAGUUGUUCUGACAGAGGCCAAUGUUCAAGCCUUGUUUACUGCAGCUAGCAUCUUCCAGAUUCCUUCCAUCCAAGACCAAUGUGCUAAGUAUAUGAUCAGUCAUUUAGACCCACAAAAUUCUAUUGGAGUCUUCAUCUUUGCUGAUCAUUAUGGUCAUCAGGAACUCCGAGAUCGAUCAAAAGAAUACAUUCGUAAGAAGUUUCUGUGUGUCACCAAAGAACAAGAGUUUCUCCAACUGACGAAAGACCAGCUGAUAAGUAUACUAGAUAGUGAUGAUUUAAAUGUAGACCGAGAAGAGCAUGUUUAUGAAAGCAUUGUACGGUGGUUUGAACAUGAACAGAAUGAGAGAGAAGUGCACCUUCCAGAAAUUUUUGCCAAAUGCAUACGUUUUCCUCUGAUGGAAGAUACCUUUAUAGAGAAAAUUCCACCUCAGUUUGCACAGGCUAUAGCAAAAAGCUAUGUAGAGAAGGGACCAUCUAAUACUAAUGGCUGUACGCAGAGACUUGGAAUGACUGCAUCUGAAAUGAUCAUAUGUUUUGAUGCUGCCCACAAACACUCAGGAAAGAAGCAAACAGUGCCUUGUCUAGAUAUAGUCACAGGAAGAGUGUUUAAAUUAUGCAAACCACCAAAUGAUCUAAGAGAAGUUGGGAUUCUUAUAUCACCAGAUAAUGACAUUUAUAUAGCAGGAGGAUACAGGCCAAGCAGCAGUGAGGUUUCCAUUGACCAUAAGGCAGAAAAUGAUUUCUGGAUGUAUGACCAUUCCACCAAUAGGUGGUUAUCCAAACCAUCCUUGCUUCGUGCCAGAAUAGGCUGCAAACUGGUGUAUUGCUGUGGUAAAAUGUAUGCAAUUGGAGGGCGUGUUUAUGAAGGUGAUGGGAGAAACUCAUUGAAAUCUGUGGAGUGCUAUGACAGCAGAGAAAAUUGUUGGACUACUGUUUGUGCAAUGCCUGUUGCAAUGGAGUUUCAUAAUGCUGUGGAGUACAAAGAGAAGAUCUAUGUUUUACAGGGAGAAUUUUUCCUCUUCUAUGAGCCUCAGAAAGACUACUGGGGUUUUUUAACCCCUAUGACUGUGCCUAGAAUCCAGGGUUUAGCAGCUGUAUACAAAGACUCUAUCUACUACAUAGCUGGAACCUGUGGAAAUCAUCAGCGCAUGUUUACUGUAGAAGCCUAUGACAUUGAGCUAAAUAAAUGGACUCGUAAGAAGGACUUUCCAUGUGAUGAGUCUAUAAAUCCAUACCUUAAACUGGUACUUUUCCAGAAUAAACUUCAUUUAUUUGUUCGAGCCACUCAAGUGACUGUUGAAGAACAUGUCUUCAGAACCAGCAGAAAAAAUUCCCUUUACCAGUAUGAUGACAUCACUGACGAAUGGAUGAAAGUGUAUGAGACCCCAGAUCGGCUCUGGGACCUUGGCCGGCAUUUUGAAUGUGCUGUUGCUAAACUCUACCCUCAGUGUCUUCAGAAAGUACUUUGAGUAACAAGUCUAGUGAGCUCACUGAUAUCUAGUACUUGAGGAAACUUUCAAUGACGCAAGAAAUGCUGUCAGUAUUGAAGAAAGCUGAGAGUUUGUAUGUGAAAGUGGAUGUUCUUAAAGAUUACAAUAUAGGGAAGGAUGUCUUCAUCCUUGUGAUGUUUUCAUUUCAAUAAGCAAAAGGUAACAAAAGUGCAAUUAUUAGCGUUCUUUUCUAGUAUAAAAAUAAUCAUUUUUAUUCUAGAAUUUCGUGAUAAAAUAGUUUCUGAGAUACCAGAUGAAUUAAUAACUAUGCAGUCUUAUAAAAGCAAUUAGGGUAUUGGUUAGAGACAUCCAAACUAGUUUGAUGUGAUUUUUUAUUUUAAAUACGGGUACAAAUCUGAGGCAAUAUCACUAGGACUUUAGCUGUGACCUCUCCAACACAGAGAAGCACUAACUUAGAUUCUCAUUAUACACACACACACACACAUACACAUUAUAUAUAAAUAUAUAUUUAUGUACUGUUUUCAAGUGUACUGAGAUUUAAGUGUGUUCUGUUAGAGUAGAUAGAAGGAAAAACAAAUCAUCUCAGAACUUUCAGUCUGAUUGUUUCAUAUUUCAUAUAUAACUUUAAGCUAAAGUUUUAAAAUAGCUGUUUUCUGUUGAUAACUUUUUUCAAGUGCUAACACUGUCUCAUUAAAAAAUCCCAACAAGGGCUCAGAAUCACAAGUGGAUGGUGCUAGUAUAAGUUAUAGCUAGGUAUAGCUAGAUAGAUUUAAAUUGUCUGAGCGUCUGCCUACCUUUCAAGUUGGUAUGUUAAUUUUGUGGCCAUUGUACUUUACCUGUUGAACUGUUGUGAUUGCACAAGAUUAUCUACUUACCUGAUAGCAAGAUAUGGCCAGUUAUUUGUGUAACUGGACUCAGUCUUAGAAUAGUGAGAACAUUAAACAUAGUUUGCACUAACAUAGGCCAUUUUGUUGCCUGACUUCCUUUUCCAUUCUCUACUUGUCUAGUCUUUAUUGGUACAGUGAAAGGUAACAUAUUUCUGUUCUGUACAGAUCAUAAUGUGAAGUUUUACACCUGCUUUUAAAAUUCUGUUUUACAGAAACAAAACUUUAGCAGUGGUUGAAUUUAAUGGCUUUUAAGUUACAUGUGACAAUUAAAAACCUCAUUUUAAAAGAUUUUUGCACUUAAUAGUGGUAAAUAUUUUCAUGUUGGAAACCUUGUUCUAGCUGAAGAUGAUUGAGAAGGAAAAUAGUGAGUGAAUAGAACUCUAGCAUUAUAGCUACUUAAUCAUGUUUAAUAUGAAUUGAUGAAUUUCUAAAAAUCAAUUAGGAAUACUCAAAAAAAGACAAACCAACUCAUUUGUUAUAUUAUUUGUAGAUAUUUGGAUCAGUAACUUAAUUUUUACUAUGCCUAGGAUAAUCAAUGAGGGAUAUGAGUGUAGGCCAGAGUCUGUCAUCAUGUGCAACAUUUUGAUUUUCUUAAAAGAAAUAGGCAUGGUUUUAAUUAGAAACUUGUACAAAUUGUGAUGUGACACCGUGAAAUAAUUUUAAAACAUUGUUUCUUUGCAUCACAUACCUCAUUUUUCAGAAACUUUCCAAACUGCCUGUCUGAGAUCUCUACAGUAGGAAAUGUUUUCUGAAGAAGAAUUCAAAGUAGACAGGUCUUACAGAAUUAACAUUUUAAAAGCUAGUCUUCUGAAGCUAGAUAAUGUGGGUUUUUUUUUCCGUACUUGGUUUGAUAGUGUAGCUAUAUUCUCUUUAUAUUUUGUCAACCAAUGAACUUUUUUUUUCUCCCCAGUUUUUCCUUCUCUUCAUCUUCAUGCUGUUUGGGGGCUAUUUCUGCGAGUUUUUUUUAAAGCAUCUUUACAGUAUUGCAGAGGGAAGAAAAGCAAAAAUAACUAACUUUUGCAAGAGAUGUUCAUGUAAUUUAUUUUUGAAAGCUUUGUUGAAUAUCUUACGAUUCCCUGAUGCUUUUUGACAAUCUUCUGUGUUUAAGGAAUAAUGUGUUACUUGAAAGCAUAAUAUAAAAUGUUGAGUUAGUAAUUUACAUGUGUUGUAUGUAAUAUAGGAAUACAACAAACAUGCUGUGAUUAAUUCCACAGUAGAUUUUUUUUCUGUUAUCUGCACAACAGUUGAUCCUUUUGCUGUAACAAUUUAUAUUAAUGGUGUGAUCAAAGUAUAGUGUGUUAAAGCCAAGGUUUAGAAUUUGCUAUGGGUGUAGAAUAUAUAUUGAAUUUUGUACUAAGAAGUAUUUGUUUAAAUUAUAUAGUUGGGAUACUUUGCCACUUUUAAAAUGAUUUGAGAAGAAGACCUAGAAAACUAAGAUGAGUACUAUGUGUGGGGAUAUAUAUAUAUAUAUAUAUAUAUAUAUAUAUAUAUAUAUAUAUAUACCUUUGCAUCGUAUGUUGAGAAUAUAAGUAAAAUGCACAAAGGGGACCACAGAAUUAAAAUAAAGGUUGAAAAUAUCUUGGUCCCUCUUUAAUCUUGUUUUUGCUUUUGAAGAAUGUAUGUAGCACUUUCCUAUAUCUUUUUUAGACAUUGAAAUCUGGACUUGAUAUAACUAUAUUAUAGGAAAGUUUUAAUUGCAUUCUUUAGUUUUCAUCUUUGUAUUCUGUUAUCCUACAAAGUUGAUGCUUAAGCAUCAAAUUCAUCUCAUUGGUGCAUGAGAAAAAGUGGGAGUGAUCUGCAAGGAAUCAGAUUCCCUGUGUGAAGCAGUUUAAAAUGUCAUUCAAUGUUUAGUGCUCAGGUAUGUAGUAAGUACUGUAGUCCUUUCAGGGCAAAUGUGUAGAUAUUUUUAAACAUUUUGCCAUAAUUGCACAGUUUUUUGCUUUUUUUACCUGAUGGCAUUGUUUCUUAAUAAUAAAACUUUUUUCUGAUUGAAAACUUC